UACCGUGCAUCUCGACACCCAGUUCAAGGCCUGAUACAAGACUCAUACUUACCACUGACCCUUCCCACCCUUUUUUCUUCUUUAUCCUUGUUGCCCAUCAUGGCUAGAGACCUCCUUCUCCUCGUUUCAGGUAUCCUCCCAGCAAACCAACCAAAGAUUCACGCCCGCCUUAUGAACAGUGUCAUACCGUGUCACUCUUCCUCUCGAGAGCUCUUCAUCGCAUCAUCAUCAUAGUGAUCAUCUUUCACUCGUUCGUUGAGCCUCAGUGGCCUCUUACAUUCGUUUAUGUUUAUCUAGCGUUUCUAAAAAAGCAACGCAACCAGCAGUACAUCCUCCAAAAUGGAGAGCAUAAUGGAGGGAACCGCCCCCUCCACCUCAUCCCAACGAGUCACACAAAACCAGCGCUCCUUCAUCCAAGAACGCCGUCGCCUUCGGUCCCUAAUCCAAUGGCCCUUUCAAUCCAUAGCCACCGAAACCAGCAGCUUAUUCUCCUUCACCCUUUCCGGCCGACCGCCAACGAGAGCGACAAGAGCAACCAGGACAACCAGAACAGGGACCGUCUCAUCUGCUGGAGGCGGUGGCGGACCAGAGCGCCCCCCCUUUGCCCGCCGAGCGACUUGGGACCCGAAACGGAUACGGGAAGAAGAUGUCGAAUCGGUCAACCAGGACCUCAUACCUGAUUAUGUCAUCAACUACCUGCGCGGCGAGACACCGGAGAUGGUGGCGAGGAGGAAGAGGAAUGGCGGGAAACUGGGUGAGAGGGCGGUGGAUAUGACGCAUCAGCACCGGCCGCAUAGAUCGAGAGCUGGCAUUCUCGAUGGGCUUUCGGAGACAAGCAGCGAAAGGUUGGGGUUUUGGGGAGAGGAUGGAGGAGUGGCGGGUGGGGAUGAGGAGAGGAGGUAUAUACUACCCGGGACAGGGUCACGGUGGAAGAGGUGGAGUGGUGCAGUGUCGGGAGGAAGUGGAAGCAGGAGGUGGAAGAGGUGGACGGCCGGGUGGAGGGCAGGCGUGGGAUUGAACGCUUUCCUGGCAGGGCUGAUUUUGCUGGUGGGGGUCAUUUGCUUGGUGAUACUGGCGGCGUGGAAGGGGAAAGAUGUCUUCAGGGGGAGGAUCCUCAUCUAUGAAGGCUCAUGCUCGACAAUUUCGGCGAUCGAUUGGGGAUUACACGCUGUCAUCAACAUUUUAGGGGUGGUUUUGUUGGCUGGGGCAAACUAUACGUUCCAAGUACUGAGCAGUCCUACGAGGGAGGAGAUUACGGCGGCGCAUGAGAAAAAGAAGUGGUUGGAUAUCGGGAUACCGUCGUUUCGAAAUCUGGGAUAUGUCGCAAAGAACAGGAGUCUCUUGGCCGUUGUCGUUCUUCUAGCGGCUAUCUUCACACACGUAAUUUCUAAUUCCAUAAUCUUUAUAUCCGGCCCCGCCCCAGCAAACCGAACCACCACCGACACUCCCCAACCAACCUGCCAACUCAACGUCUACGGCUCCCUCCUCGGCAUCACCGUCCUCCUCAACCUCAUCACCAUCCUCUCCCUCACCUCCGUCCUCAUCUUCUUUAAGCGACCAACCUUCAUCCCACUCGUCACCCUCGGUGACGCCAUCACCUCCUUUCUCAGCGAUCCCGACACUAUCACCCAAGGCGCAUGUCUCCUCUCCAAAGACGACGUCAGAAAGGGGAACUGGGCGUCCGGAGCGAGUCAACCCAAGCACUGGGUGCCCAAACGCCACUACUGGUUCAACACCCCCUCUCUCCCACGCUGGAUCAUCACGGGAUUAGUAUGGGCAGUCUGCGCGGGAGCUACAGCUGCCUGUCUGGCGUUUUCUAUCAUGCAUGAUGAUGGAAAGGGUCUUUCGCCGUUUGGCAAUAACCCCUUAACCUUUUCAGACCGAGACUACUCUUCAGCGCCAAACCCGCCGCCGCUCAUCCCUCUCAACCAACCAACAGGGGGGGGACAAACAACCCUCCCAGCCUGGGCAGCAACCAUCCUCUCCUCCCUCCCUCACCUCCUCCUCUCAGCGCUUUACCUCGCUCUCAACCCGCUUUUGACGACUUACUUUCUCUCGCACGAAUCCUCCCUCUUUUAUUCCACCACUCACCAGGGCAACAACCAGGGCCCCGAUUCCAAACCGCAACCGCUACCGCAACCACUGCGUGUAUCCUCCUCCGCCCUCGACAUCGACCCCGACAGCUCACAAACGACUUCUCUCUACCUCACCCUUCCCCGGCCCGUCUCUUGGUUUUUAUUGGGUGACUUUUCGGCCAUGGGAUUUGUCAUGAGUCAGAGUUUUGGGGCUUUACACACGACGGAACCGUCAUUAGUGGAGACAGAGACAGAGACAGAGACAGAGACGGUAGUAACGGCCCUAACAACCAGCGGUGUCGGCUUAACUAGUCUCCUCGCCCUCCUGGUUCUGCUUUUGGUAUUCACCUUGGCGCUGGGGUUUAGGACAUCAUCCACUUUCAAGUCUUCCACCUCCUCUACGUCAAACUACCCCAGUGGCAAACUCACGCCUGCAUCGGGGGCAUCCGAGGGAGGUGGUGAUGAGAAAGCAGUUAUCGGAAACCCGAUGGCUUUGCCAGGAGGGAGUUGUAGUGCUGUUAUUAGCGCUCGAUGUCAUUUUGUCCCUAGGGGUAGGGACGAGAAGGGGAAGGGAAAGCGUAGGAGUGUUGGGUUUAGUGAUGCUGUUGGUGCUGGUGACAUGGAUACUACGGAGAUUUGGAAGAGGCCGUUGGUGUGGGGAGUGGUAGGGGAAGGAGCAGCUGAGAAUGAAGAAGCGGCAGCGGUGGGAAUUGGACAUUGUGGGUUUACCGUGGCUGGGAAGGCGGGAGCGGUUACGGAGGGGAGGGCUUAUGCUUGAUAUCUAUGAUUUUAAUGAAUUCUUUUUGGAGUUUCUGUGUCCUUCAUUGCGGUUGUUCUAUGGCUUUUUGCGGUAUGUGUUCGGUUAUGGUCAGAUACCCACAAGCCCCU